ACCAUAAGCCCAAUUUCUGAUGCCCAAAAAAACAAUGCAAAACCCCUUUCUUCUUGUCAUCCUGCACAGCAAAACCCUACACAGAUCUUCCUAACAGUUCUUUGGAAGAACGAAAGAAGGAAUCAUCACCCAACUCAAUCACAGACAACAGAACAUAACUGUUUCAUAACGAAUUCGUUUUUUUCCCUCCCUCCUCGUACCUGAUCGAAACCCAAAACCGUAAAAAAAGUACAGUAAUGGCGGGUGGUAGGUUCCGCGAGCUCUUCAAAAAAUACGGCAAAGUAGCAUUGGGCGUUCACUGCAGCGUCUCCGCCGCUUCCAUCAGUGGCCUCUACGUUGCAAUAAGGAACAACGUUGACGUCGAGUCCGUGCUCGAAAAGUUUCAUAUGGGUGCUGUUUCCGAUAAAGAAGACCCUAAUUCUGAUAACCCUAACCUUAAUUCCUCUUCUUCCGUUGAUUCCGUUGACCCUGUUAUGGUCAACGCUGCUGACGACGAAGAGAAGCCCAAGAGUAGGACCGCGCAGCUCGCUGCCUCUGCCGGCGGCGCCUUCACGCUCGCUCUGCUAUGCAACAAGGCGUUGUUCCCGGUUAGGGUUCCGAUCACCGUUAUGCUGACGCCGCCAAUCGCGAGGUUCUUGCGGAGUAGGAACAUCAUCAAGAGUAUUUGAAUUAGGGAUUUUGGUUUUGUGCUGCUAUGUGAUUUUUAUAGCUGGAUUUUGUUGAUUUUUUAGAAUUGCUUGAGGACUAAGGGUUUUACUGGGGUUUUAACUCCAAUUUCCAUGGAAUUCAUUGCAAUAUGAAAAUUUUCAUUUUUGAUUAAAAAAAAGGGGGGCAAUUACAUCUUGAUAUUUAUGACUUUUGUCUUGUUGGAUUUGUGGUUCAUGAUUGCUGAACUUGGGAACGGAAUAACAUGUGAAAUAUUAUCAAUAAAGCCCUGUAAGAAGUAGUUUUUCAACUUA